ACUCGGAUGACGUUUGAGUGGGCGGUGGACUCUCGGUUAACGGUCCUCGUCUCUUGUAUUAGAAUAUAUUUCUCGGGAAUAUGGUGUUGAAGGAAUUUGGAGGAACGAGUAAUUUUUGAUUGCGUGCGCGGAGCAACGUAGUAUUAUAAAAUAUUAUCUCGGUGUCUCGAGAAAUAAGAAGCGAGAAGCGCAUUCUUCUUCGGUAUCGGGUGAUUCCGCACGAUGAGUACGGAGUACGGGAAAAUGGCUCGACGACGGGAAUGGAGAAAGUUGGCUCUGUGUUUGUUUUUGGUGAUUGAGGGAUACGGGCUCUGUACGACAACAGGAGCGAUCGGUCACGAUAAUCCAACUUUGUACAAUAUCGGGGGUGUACUUUCCAACAACGAGAGUAAAACACAUUUUGAGAACAUAAUAAAGACGCUCAACUUUGAUCUGCAUCACGUAAACAAGGGAGUUACUUUUUAUCACACGGUUAUCGGGAUGGAUUCAAAUCCGAUACGUACGGCGUUGAGCGUAUGCAAAUCGUUGAUCGCCCAGCGAGUUUACGCGGUGGUCGUCUCUCAUCCCCUAACGGGAGACCUCUCACCGGCGGCUGUAUCGUACACCAGCGGUUUUUAUCACAUACCCGUUAUUGGGAUUUCCUCCCGCGACUCGGCCUUUUCCGACAAGAACAUCCACGUGUCGUUCCUGAGGACCGUGCCACCGUACUCGCAUCAAGCGGACGUGUGGGUCGAGCUCCUCAAACAUUUCAAUUACAUGAAAGUUAUAUUUAUUCAUAGCUCCGACACGGAUGGUCGGGCCUUGCUCGGCCGUUUUCAAACGACUUCCCAGAGCCUCGAGGACGACGCGGAGAUCAAAGUACACGUAGAAUCGGUGAUCGAGUUCGAGCCGGGUCUCGAUAACUUUACCGAACAAUUGAUGGAGAUGAAGAACGCCCAAGCGAGGGUCUGCCUCAUGUAUGCCUCAAAAACGGAUGCGACAGUGAUAUUCAGGGACGCUUCGGCAUUAAACAUGACCGGUGCCGGUUACGUAUGGAUCGUAACGGAACAGGGCCUCGAGGCGACAAACGCACCUGAGGGACUUUUGGGGCUCAAGUUGAUAAACGCAACCGAUGAGAAGGCACACAUACGAGAUAGCCUAUACGUACUCGUGUCGGCGUUACGAGCGAUGAACAAGACCGAGGAUAUUACCGAAGCUCCUACAGAUUGCAACGAUUCGGGAUACAUAUGGGAGACCGGAAAGAGAUUGUUCAAAUACAUAAGGGAACAAAUAUUGGAGAAAGGGGCGACGGGACGAGUCGCCUUCGACGAUAACGGAGAUCGUAUAUUUGCCGAAUACAACAUCGUAAAUAUUAAGGAACGAGGGGAGAAAGAUUCGGUCGGACGAUACAUCUAUUCCGAGAGCGCUGCUAAAAUGAGGCUGAUGCUCAACGAAUCUGGUAUAAUGUGGCCCGGUCGUUUGAAAACUAAACCAGAAGGUUUUAUGAUUCCGACGCAUCUCAAAGUUUUGACGAUCGAAGAGAAGCCUUUCGUUUACGUGCGUCGGGCGAGCGGAGACGGAGCAGCCGAAUCAUCUUGUCUACAGGACGAAGUUCCAUGUCCGCAUUUCAAUACUACGAGCGGCGAUCGCGAUCUCGCUCGGUCUUUGACAGGGGAAGCUGUCUCGUACUGCUGCAAGGGAUACUGCAUGGAUCUUCUCAAGGAACUCUCGAAAACGAUAAACUUUACCUAUAGCGUGGCUCUCUCGCCGGACGGACAAUUCGGCAGUUACAUGAUAAAAAAUAGCUCGACAGGCGGUAAGAAAGAGUGGACCGGGCUGAUCGGUGAAUUGGUUAACGAGCGGGCCGAUAUGAUAGUCGCCCCCCUGACCAUAAAUCCGGAGCGCGCGGAAUUCAUAGAAUUCAGCAAACCGUUCAAGUACCAAGGCAUCACCAUCCUCGAGAAGAAACCUUCGAGAUCGUCGACCCUCGUCUCGUUUUUACAACCGUUCAGCAACACUCUGUGGAUCCUGGUGAUGGUGUCGGUGCACGUAGUGGCGCUAGUUCUGUACCUCCUCGACCGGUUCUCGCCAUUCGGGAGGUUCAAACUAGCCAACACUGACGGCACCGAGGAGGAUGCUCUCAACUUGUCGAGCGCGAUAUGGUUCGCUUGGGGUGUACUCCUCAACAGCGGCAUUGGCGAGGGUACACCGCGAAGCUUCUCGGCCCGCGUACUCGGUAUGGUUUGGGCGGGCUUCGCCAUGAUAAUAGUAGCCUCGUACACCGCCAACUUGGCCGCUUUCCUCGUUCUCGAGAGGCCCAAGACCAAACUCACCGGUAUCAAUGACGCUCGGUUACGAAACACGAUGGAAAAUUUGACUUGCGCGACGGUCAAAGGUUCCGCGGUCGACAUGUACUUCAGACGACAAGUCGAAUUGUCCAACAUGUAUCGCACCAUGGAAGCCAACAAUUACGACACGGCCGAGAGAGCGAUACAGGAUGUCAAAAUCGGUAAACUCAUGGCUUUCAUAUGGGACAGCUCUCGUUUGGAAUUCGAAGCUGCCCGAGAUUGCGAAUUGGUUACCGCCGGUGAAUUGUUCGGUAGGUCAGGUUACGGUAUAGGAUUGCAAAAAGGUUCACCCUGGGCGGACGAGGUCACCAUAGCUAUACUCGAUUUUCACGAGAGCGGGAUUAUGGAAAAGCUGGACAAGCGAUGGAUUUUACAGAAUAACGAGCAACAGUGCGAACAUCAGGAAAAAACACCGAAUACCCUCGGGUUGAAAAAUAUGGCGGGUGUAUUCAUACUCGUUGGCGCUGGAAUAAUCGGCGGUGUUGUACUCAUCAUCAUAGAGAUGGCCUACAAGAAACAUCAGAUCAGAAAGCAAAAAAAGCUUGAAUUGGCGAGACACGCGGCUGACAAAUGGAGGGGACUCGUCGAGAAGCGUAAAAAACUGCCACGAACUAUGACACCGCAGCAACGACGGAUUCAGAGCAACGGGCUGAACGAUCCGGCAACGGUGAGUCUCGCUGUCGACUCGGCGGUACCUCGUUCGAUCCUCCCACCGAGAAGUCCCGGACGUGCCUGGCCCGGUGACAGCGAUAUACGACAACGAACGUCCCCUCGCACGGACGAUAUACGACUAUCACCCGCCGCUUACACCGUCGACGUCUCUCAUCUGAUAGUCUAACAACAACUAUUCCUCUAUCGAUGUUAGAAUUAUUAUUUUUAUGUGCGGGGGGGAGCGUUUCAAGAGAUAACGCCAGCUAGCACCAACAUGCCAACCAGCAUUAUCGAUCAUAGAUGUCGAUCAAAAAUCAUCGUUGUAUCGCUCUCUCUCUCUCUCUCUCUCUCUCGUUGUCGAUUACGAAAAAUUCAAUAAUUUUUUAACACGCUUCGAGUGGAAAUAAAUUUGCCUCUCCCGUUAA